UACUCACCAGAGUCCAGAGUCCAGAGUCCAAAACCCUCACACUCACACUCCUGUCUGAUAAAACCCCAUAUAUGAUAUAGCCUGUGCUCUUUUCACUUCUUAAACCCCAUAAUUCAAUCCAGAAAUACAUAUAUUCUCAACUUUUGAGCACAAGGGUCGUUCUUGAAUCAAUGGACUCAGAGGAAGCUGUAUCAAAAGCAUCUCUUUCUUGUGGGAAAUCGCCAGGUUCUUUGUCUUUGGAUACUAAUUUAGUUAAAGAUUCCAGCUUUUUGAAUGUUUAUGCUAGUAGUGAUAGUACUAGCAAUAGUUCUGGUUUUGUUAGUUUAAGUAGUGAUGAUAAUGGUGUUAUGAGCAGUGAGGAGGGUUUUGAAACUGCUUCUGAGAAGACAGUUCUUGAGUACCAGGGCAGUGGAGGGACUGACAUUAGUACUGGUGGUGGUGGUGAUUCUUGUGAAAAUUUUGUUGGGUUUACGCGGUUUUCGAUGUCGAGCGAGGAUGUUGUUGGGGAGUUUGGUGAUGAUUGUGUUGGGAAAAAUGAUGAAGUUGGAGUCUUGGAAGGUGGUGAGGUUGAAGGGAAAUUAGGUGGUAGUUGUGAGGCCUUUUCUGGGGAGGAAUUUAGUGGAAGUUUUGCUGGGUUUUCAGAGUUUUCGAAGUCAAUUAGGGAUGUAGUAGGGGAGGUUACUAAUGAUGUUAAAAAUCCAAAUGGAGUUGGAGUCUGGGAGGGUGGUGAGGUUGAAGAGAAGUUAGUAGAUAGUUGUGAGGAUUUUUCUGGUGAGGAUGUAGUAGGGGAGGUUAGUGAUGAUGGUUGUGUCGGAAAUAUUCAGGAUGAUGAAAAAGAGGGGGUGACACAGGCCGAGGGUGGAGGAACCGGAGCAGAGGCUAUGUUGGAGGAUAAUGUUCACGGGGAAGUUGUUUUGACCUGCAAUGCGAUAAGUGAUAAUGCAAUUGGAUCUCUCGCUUUGGUUGAUCAGAUGGAAAUUGUAGCAAAUAGUCCAGUCAAGGUGGAAGAAUACAAAGAAACUGGUGAUGCCUAUAUACAGCCUCAAGAAACUUAUGAUGUCAAUUUAAGUGUUCAAAAUGAAACUAUUGAAAAUAAGAUUUCAGGAAAAUUAUUUUCCGAUAAUUCUUCUGAACUAAAUCUUGCUGAAAGGAAAACAAUUAAAGGGGAAGAUGGAAUGAAAGUCGUCAUAAAUGGAGUAAAUAAUAUGAAAGGUUUAGGUUCAGAAUGGGUGACAGAUGGUAUGAUCAUGGGAAGUUCUAUAGCUGCAAAGCGAGUUCGUAAUGAGCUGAAUCCAGAAUUAAGUGGAUAUUCACAACCAGAUGCAAAGAGUUCUAAUUUUAUACAGGAAUUUAAUGGUCAUAAUGUGAUGGAGUCAGAUGGAGUUGACAAUGAUGAAGAAGAAGAAGAGGAGGAGGAAGAGGGUAAAUUAUUGUUUGAUUCAUCAGUUUUAACAGAUUUAUUGAAAGCAACAUUAAAUGUUGGGUCAGGAGGCAAUUUGCCAGUUACUUUGCAAGAUUUGUCUAGGCUUAUCUCAUUCGAGCGGCCUGCUUGUUUGGGAUCCUCGGUGCAGUCUUUUCAGCCUGCUGCCAGGCCUAAUGGCUCCAAUUUUUUCAGGCCUUCAGGUUUUGCUAACAUUGAAGAAUCUGUAAACACCUUGAGUGAGGAGGAAAAAAGGAAGUUGGAGAAGUUACAAUCAAUCAGGGUGAAAUUCUUAAGAAUUGUUAAGAGAUUAGGCCUAUCUGGAGAUGAUCCCCUAGUAACCCAGGUUUUGUACCAUCUGCGACGUAUUGCGGGAAGGCAACGUGGUCCACUUUUUGGCCUUGAUGCUGCAAAGCGAACAGCUCUUCAGCUUGAAGAAGAUGGGAAAGAGGACACUGACUUUUCCUUGAAUAUCCUCAUACUUGGGAAAUCAGGAGUUGGUAAGAGUGCAACUAUAAAUUCAAUAUUCGGGGAAGAGAAAGUACGAAUUGAUGCAUUUCAGCCUGCCACAUCUACCGUGAAAGAAAUUACAGGUGUGGUGGAUGGAGUUACAAUCCGGGUCUUUGACACACCAGGACUCAAGUCUUCGGCAAUGGAACAAUAUUUCAACCGUGGUGUCUUGUCUUCUGUAAAAAAGUUCACUAAGAAAAUACCCCUUGAUGUCGUCUUGUAUGUGGAUCGCCUGGAUGCCCGAACCCAAGAUCUUGAUGACUUACCUUUACUGCAGUCAAUUAACAUAUCUCUUGGAUCUUCUUUGCUGCAAAAUGCCAUAGUAACUCUUACUCAUGCAGCUUCUGCGCCUCCAGAAGGACCUUCCGGUUCUCCUAUAAGUUAUGAUGCAUUUGUUACUCAAUGUUCCCGUGUUUUAAAGAGUUCUAUCGAAAAAGCUGUCGGUCAUCGAAACAUGAAUGGUGUUUGUCUUGUUGAGAACCACCUAGCGUGUCGAACAAAUAAAGGACAAAAGGUGCUUCCCAAUGGUCAAAUCUGGAAGCAACAGUUAAUGAUAAUGUGCCACUCUAUUAAAAUUUUGAAUGAAGCAAACUCUAUCUCAGAGCCUCAAGAAUCAUUCAGCCACCAUAGGAACUUUGGGUAUUUUAGCAGCGUCAGCCGCUCACUUCCGUCCCUGAUGUCUUUGACUCUAGAGUCCCAAGUGCACCAAAAGCUACUGUCAUAUGAACAGGGUUGUUAUAAUUGUGAAGCUGAUAUUGACUUGGAAGAUUUAUCUGAUUCUGACAAAGAUGAAGAUGAAUAUGAUCAACUUCCCCCAUUUAAGCCUCUUAAAAAAUCUCGACUUUCAAAGUUGAGCAAGGAGCAGAGAAAAGCGUACUUUGAGGAGUACGAUUACCGUGUGAAGGUUUAUCAGAAGAAGCAAUGGAAAGAGGAGUUAAAAAGUAUGAAAGCGCUGAAGAUAAAAGGCGAGGGUUCUACAAGUGAUGAUAAUUACACUGAUGAAGAUCCAGCUGAUGAGGGAUCUUUCCCAUCACCCUCCCAGUUUCUAGCACAUCCCAUUCUAGAUCCUAGUGGCUGGGAUCAUGACUGUGGUCAAGUUGGGGUUCAGCUUUUAAAAAGAAUAGCCACUUCCAGUAGAUUUCCUGCUGAAAUUGAUGUUCAGCUCUCUAAAGAUAAGAACAAGUUCACCAUUCACUUGGUAUCCUCCAUUGCAACAAAGCAUGGGGAGAAAGGAUCAAGUAUGGCUCGCUUUGACCUUCAAAAUUUAGGCAACCAGCUUGCUUACAUCAUCAGAGGUGAAACCAAGCUCAAAAUUUUCAAGAGAAACAAGACCGCAGCUGGCAUAACUAUCACACGCAUAAAUGAUAAUGUUAUCACUGGUUUGAAGCUUGAAGAUCAGAUGACUAUUGGAAGGCAGUACUCUGUAGCUGCUAGUGCAGGCAUGGUCCGAUCUCAACAGGAUGUAGCAUAUGGAGCCAAUAUUGAUAUCCAGCGUAGGGAACAUGAUUAUCCGAUAGGACGGAUUCAAUCGUUACUUGGUCUUUCAAUGAUGUGGUUGGGAGGGGAAUUUGCCUUAGGGUUGAAUAGUUUUGCGCAGUUUUCAAUUGGACGGAAUUCCAAGGUGGAUGUUAGAGCCAAUAUAAACAGCAAUCUCACAGGCCAGAUAGCUGUACGGACAAGCAGCUCCGAAUCUCCCUUCAUGCUUGCUACUAUAAUAUAUGGUGCAAUAUCAAUAUGCAAGCAACUCUUUUCUGGUGAAAGCCAGAAGUUCUUGCCAUAUUAGAUGAAUUUUUACAUUUAACUAUUUAAGUUUCGCAAUACUGGUUCAUUUCCUAGAACACUGUUUAAAAGAUAUUAGCAAUUUAUCCAAGUACUAUAUAUUUCUGGGGUCCAUGAAAUUGCUUCAUUUA